AUGUUUCGCGUCGAGUCCAAGCUGUCUGAGGAUCAUGCUCUCAACGGUCUAUCGCAACUGUCGAAACUGGUGAAAGGAUUGCUUGGAAAGGAAUUUAAAAAGAAUGCAGAGCGUGAGGCGGCCAAGAAGGAUGUUGCUACCAUCGUGUCGAACUGUCUGCACUUUUAUAUCUCUGGUUCCACCACUGAUAUUUAUCCUUUGAAUGUUUUGGUGAAGGAUCUGUGCUCGCUUGCUCUACUCGAAGUUGAAGAAAACAACCAAAAGAUGAAAAAGAAAGCAUCGUCUUGGAAAACAGGGAGCUUGGAGUUAACACUAAAUGUACUUAAUAAAGUAUGCGGUGAGGGUAUUCUGGAUGGUGAUCUCAACGACUUCUUAAAAUUCUUCAUCACCGUUAUUGAAGCCCCCUUCGUUCAGUCUCAAAAAUGGAUUGAAGAUGAUUUAACUAGCACACUGCUUAAAUUUAUGUCUGCGACAUCUCUCACUGCCACAGGUCCUUCAAGAGAGUUGUGGUUGUUCAUAUGGCAUCGAUUACCACUUGUACUUGACACGACCACGAAGUCAUUCGGAAAUUAUUUGCGAGUAGCUCGCUACGUACUUAAAGAUAUUUCCAAAACAACUAUGGUUUCGGGAGAGAAUGGUUCUAACCUGAUUGCUGACAUGGUGCGUUGA